AUGGAGAGAUUUGGAUUCAACAGAGUUUCGGGUUCGGAUAGAGCCCUGGAACAUAAAGCCCCCGCCAGAAGCCAUGGAAUCGACUUCCAGGUGGCCAACGCCCCAGAUAACGCCUUCUCGCUCUCUAACUGCAUUGCCGUGAGCUCCCAGGACUUUCAAGAUGGCCAGUACAUCCUCAUUAACAAUCUCUACGUUUACACCGCCCGCACCGUUCCCAACUUCCCCGUCGGCUCUAUUGGUGCCAACGCAAAUCAGCGUCUCUUUGUCGGCUUGUCGUACGGCGCGCCGUGCCAAGUGUCGCUGUUUGACCUCCGCUCAGUUUCUAGAAAGCAGACCUAUCUCGGUUCUUUGACCGUCGCCAUUGACUUUGUCAAGCGUGCCAAAGCUGUGGCGACGAUGUUCGAUACGGAGGAGUUGGCAAAGGAAUUUGUCACACGCUUCGAGAACCAGAUCUUACAGCCGGGUCAGCCGAUUUUUAUGGAGCAUAAAGGCAACAUGUUCACCAUCAAAGUGCAGUCCGUACAACUCGUGGACAUCAGUGAAGUGAUUCCAUCGGAACCAGUGUCGAAGACCGUCACCUCCAAGGGGAUCUUAGUCAAGCAGUCAGCCAUCAACUUCGUGAAAGGACCUGACGGGUUAGUCAACUUGAAGAACAGCGGCGCAUCCGGGUCGCGCGCAGACGCGAUUAUCGCGCCUGACUUCAAGUUCGAGGACAUGGGUAUCGGUGGCUUGGACGUUGAGUUCACUGCGAUUUUCCGCCGCGCGUUCGCGUCCCGUAUCUUGUCCCCAGAACUCAUCGACAAGAUGGGUCUCAAGCACGUCAAGGGGUUGUUGUUGUACGGGCCUCCGGGGACCGGGAAGACGUUGAUUGCCAGACGGAUCGGGGCAAUGUUGAACGUGAAGGAACCCAAGAUCGUCAACGGGCCCGAAAUCUUGAGCAAGUACGUUGGUUCGUCUGAGGAGAACGUCAGAAACUUGUUCGUGGACGCUGAGGCCGAGUAUAAGUCCAAGGGUGAGUCAUCGUCGUUGCAUAUCAUCAUCUUCGACGAGUUGGACUCGGUGUUCAAGCAGAGAGGCUCCCGCGGCGACGGCACCGGCGUCGGCGACAACGUGGUCAACCAGUUGUUGUCCAAGAUGGACGGUGUGGACCAGUUGAACAACAUCUUGAUUAUCGGGAUGACUAAUCGUCUUGACCUUAUCGACAAUGCGUUGUUGAGACCGGGCCGGUUCGAGGUCCAGCUCGAGAUUUCUUUGCCGGACGAGAAGGGCCGCGUUGAGAUCUUCAAGAUCCAAACGAAGAAGAUGGCCGAUAACGGCAUGUUAGCCAAGGAUGUAGACUUCCAUGAAUUAGCUGCCAUGACAAAGAACUUUACGGGUGCCGAAAUCGAGGGGCUCGUUAAAUCUGCCUCGUCCUUUGCCAUUAACAAGCACCUCAAGGUGGGCAGCAUGGCUGCGCUCAAUGAUGACGUCAAGAACCUCAAGUUGACUCGCAAAGACUUCCUCGGCGCGUUGUCCGAGGUAAAGGCUGCGUUCGGGGUUAGCGAUCAGGACUUGAACCAGUGCAUGCCGUUCGGUAUCAUCGGCUUCUCGCCGUAUAUCAACGAGAUCAUGAAGAUGGGCAAGGCCUUGACCCAGCAAGUCAAGACGACCGAGACCGAGAAAUUGGUGUCGGUCUUGUUGCACGGGCCGCCAGGCAGCGGGAAGACCGCAUUGGCGGCGGCAUUGGCCUUGAAUACAGAGUUUCCGUUCAUCAAGAUGUUAUCGCCCGAGGCGAUGGUGGGGAUGUCCGAGCCGGCCCGCAUCCAGUAUAUCGACAAUGCCUUCAGAGACGUCUACAAAUCGCCGCUUAGUGUGUUGGUGGUGGACAAUAUCGAGCGGAUCAUCAACUACGUGCCGAUCGGACCGCGCUUCUCGAACGACAUUUUGCAAUUGUUGUUAGUGAACUUGACCCGCAAGCCGCCUCACGACCGUCGCUUGUUGAUCAUCAGUACUACGUCCGAUUACAGGCUCUUGGAGCAGAUGAACGCGUUGCCGUGCUUCACGAAGGAGAUUGCCGUGCCGAACCUUAGCGACUUGAGCGAGUUUUACAACGUCAUGGAUGAAAGCAACUUUUUGAAUGAUGCCGAGCGCGAGAAGAUUAUUAACACGUUGCAGCACGAUAAUCCCCAGGGACGGUUCAAUCUCAGUGUGAAGAAGGCAUUGGGGCAUUUGGACACAGUGAAGUAUCAUGAGGAUUCGGUGAACGAAAUCAUUCGGUUGAUGAGUGAGGCAAUUUUAUAA